AUGAAUACCAAGUUUUUGAGAAUCGGUGCUGUGAUUGCAACUGCAUUUGCUCUUGGGCUUGGUCUCAUCAUUGACCAUUUUGGUAUAACUAAGAAAACAAGUGAUACAUCUUGGAAAUGUAAUCGUCUUACAAGGCCAGCUGAUCCAAAAAACUAUCGAACAUUUAUUGAUUCUAUUGAAGCAGCUAAUAUUGAAGCAAAUCUUAAAAAUCUCACUUCACGUUCUCAUACGGCUGGUCUACUUGAAGAUUUAGAAAGUGCUCAAGUCAUUGAAGAACAAUGGAAACUUGAUGGUUUGCAAGUAACUAAACCAAAAUACAAUGUUCUUCUUUCGUAUCCAGAUGAUAGUUUUUCUUCUAUUAUGGAUGAUACAUACAAUUAUCCAGCUAAUUAUGCUCCUUUCGGAAUAACAGCUGAUCAAGUCUAUGAUCAAAAGUGGUAUAUGUCUCCAAGUGGCGUACAACGAGGGUCAGCUUUCACUUCGAGUGGUGAUUCUUUGACUCCUAUAUAUCCAUCGACAGGUUUUGCAAUAUUUUCAUUAUCAGCUUAG